AUGUCUAAUGGUGGUAAAGUGUCAUCGUUUCCUUUAUUAUCCUUUAAUUACCGUGAAAGUAUUGUAGUAUGUAGCAAGAAUCAGCUAGAUUUAGUGCAACGAAUUAUUCAACAAAAAGCAAUUUUUGCUCGUAGAUGUGAAGUUCAACGACGACGAAUUAAGCUAAUUAUUGAGGCGAUAUGCAGUGAUCUUUGUAGAGAUGAAAAUGAUCUAGAAAAUUUACUAUCAUUAUUGUUUUUCGAAAGAAAAUUAACGAUAAAGGAUGAGCUCAAUUUUCUUAUUACAAGAAAAUUAAUUUGUCAACAAAAAAAUCACGGACUCUGCGGGACUCAAUUAGGCCAAGCCGUGUUUACAUCAUCGCUGUCACCUGAUAUUGCAUUACAAGUUUAUGAUGAUCUCGAAAAGGCGACACGUUCCCUUGCUUUGGAUAAUGAGCUUCAUUUACUUUAUUUGGUAACACCACUCCAUAGUGAUUCCAUUUGGAUGAAUUAUAUCGAUUGGAAUGUUUACUAUAAUAUUUGGUCUAAAUUACCUACCAAAUUACAAAGAGUGGGCAAAAUGAUUGGUAUUCUUGAUAGUUUCAUUCUUGGAAAGAUACAAGGUAGACAAGCAUCCAAAAUAAGCAAUAUGCAGGUGCAUUUACGUUUUCUUUCCGCAUUAGCACUUUACGAUCUGAUAAGAGAAUAUUCACUUGGUGAUGUUGCUCGACGUUUUCGUAUCAAUCGUGGAGCAUUGCAAACGUUACAACAACAAUCCGCUACAUAUGCCUAUAUGGUUGUAUCGUUUUGUGAAAAACUUGGUUGGACAUAUUUACGAAGUGUAUUGGAUGGUUUUUCCGAACGAUUAACAUUUGGUGUUCGUAAAGAUCUAACAGAAUUGGUUCAAAUUGAAGGUAUCGAUGGUAUAAGAGCUCGAGCUUUUCACAAUGCUAAUAUUACAACAAUUCCUACAUUAGCUAUCACUUCAAUUGAUGAUAUUGCAAAAAUUUUACGAUCUGUUGUUCCUUAUAUCAGACGUGAUAACAAUGAAGGAUUGAAUCGUUGGCUUGCUGGAGAAGGUUUAAUGACAGAUGUUGAAGCAGCUCAAAUAUUAAUUCAACGUGCUCGUUUAAAUCUUUCCUCUUCUCUCAGGGCUAUUGGCAUAUUCUCAGAUGACAAAAUUGAUUCUUUGUUUUCCACGGUGACAUCAAUUUGUGAAACUAAUCAUGAUAAAUUGGAUGCUAUAAGCAAUAAUUGUAAUGAAAGUAGUAUGAAUCCUAAUUCUGUCCUUUCUUCAGAUGUUAAACUUAUUUCAAGUGAUUUCUUCACGCAUGAAAUUUUACCAACCACAAAUACUUCUAAAAAUUCGGAAGAACAAAUUGCAGUAAGCAGUCAAAGUUUAAUCCAAACAUCAAAAGUGGUUGAAAAACGACCACCGAAAAUGGAAUUACUGAAAAGCAGCAAUUCUGAUGAAGUAGAAAAAGCUAUUUUCCAUAAUUGUUCAAUAACAAACAAAGAGAAUUUGGAUAUUCCGGAUAGAUUGGAUGUGGAAAAUGUUAAACAAUUAUGUGCAGAUUUUGCUCAUACUUCAAUGUCGGAUGAAACAUUGUUACGUUUUGGUUGUAGUCAGUAUUCCGGUGAAAUUCAACAAGUUACGCAAGCAUUAGAUGCUAUUGCUGUUCUAGCUAACAAUGAAAAAUUUGAUGAAAUUAAAUCAGAGAAGCAACAAGAUAAGCUUACUGAUUUGAAAAUAUUUGAAUCGUUGAAUAUUUUUAAUUCAACUAAAAAUGAAACUCAAAUGAUUGCAACAACAACAGCUACAAAUGGGAUGAAAAAUGAUAAUUUAGAGAAAGAUGAGGUGAAAUAUUUUCAUGAUUUCAAUAUGAAGAAAUCAUCUACAAUUCAGUUUAACGAUGAACGUGCUAUGCCACAGCAGAUAACACUUCAAAGUAAUCAAGAAGAAGAAAAAGAAAUUAUUGUCAAUUCGGAUGAAAGUAUUAGAAAUCAAUCAAUUUUUGAUCAUAGUAGUGAUUUAUUUGAUCGAACAUCUUAUUCAUCAAUUGGUUCGCAAUCAUUUAAUACAUCAAAGAAUUCAUCAUAUUGCAUAAAACGUAUUGAUCAACAAUCAACAAUUAAUUGUCAAUCUUUGCAAUCAUCACCAAGUUUUCAAAGUCCUUUGCAUAAAAUUUUAAAAUAUGGAUCAUCACCUGUUACUGUAACUAUGGAGAAUGAAAUUAAAUUUAAUGAAAGUGUUAAAAACGAUAUUAAACAAAAUUUCGACAGCAACCAAACAGGAACUACUGAAUUUCAAAUUAUAGAUGUUUGCGGAUCUUCUACAAUAUGGGAGCAAUUUUUGAUACGUCAAAAAUAUUGGAGUCAAAUUGGUUUAUGCAUUGCAAUAUGCAAUAAAGAAAUAAUUGGAAUAGCAUUAUGCCCAUUAAAUGACGAAUGUGUUUAUAUUGAUUUCAGGCCAAAAUAUGUUUCUGAAAUUGAAAUUGAUAAGCGAUUAGAAGUAUUGGAUAAUAUAUUAAAAUCUGAACAAGAAAAGUACAUUUAUGAUUUACUAUCAUUUUCACGUUCAUUACGAUAUCUUCGAGAUUUAGUCGAUUCACCUAUCCUUUUUAAUCGCUGUACUUGCAUACAAACAGUUUCAUAUUUAGCCCAUUAUCGUACACUAGAUGAUUCCGCUCUUUCUUUUCAGGAUUUACUUUCACAACUUACUUCUCCAGAACGUGCUGUAAUUUUAAGAAAUGCAACACCACGAUUACGAGCAGUAAUUAAUGCAUUUAUAUGCUUGCAUAUGCAUAAUGAUCUAAUGUCGGCUGCUGUUCGAUUAUCUUCAAUUAAAUCUGUAGAAUUGGAAUUAAAAUCAGUUGUUUUGUUCAGUGAAAUAGAAAUUACGGGUAUAGCUUUUGAUAGGAAUAAAGCUCUAACUCUAAAUUCUAAGCUUCAACAAAAAUUGACCGAAAUUGAGGCAAAAGCUUAUGGUAUUAGUGGAAUUCCAUUUAAUUUUGGUUCAGCAGCGGAAAUUUCUCAGAUACUUUUUGUACGUCUGCAAAUUCCACCACCAAAUGCAUCAACUGGUCGACAUUAUUCAACAAACAAAAUUGUUCUGCAACAAUUAGCACCAAAAUAUCCUAUCAUAAGUUUAAUUUUGGAAUGGAGACGAAUAAAUACCGCUUUAACGACAUCUUUACCAAUACUUUUAAAAUUGUGUUGUUCUGAUGGACGAAUUCGUGCUAAUUUUAUAACACAUUGUUGCACUGGUCGUGUUUUAACAGUACAUCCAAAUGUGCAAAAUGUGCAAAAAGAUGCAAUUAUCGAUGGUUUUUCCAUUCAAUCACUUUUCAUUGUUCCGAAAGGUAGAAUUCUAUUAUCAUCUGAUUAUCGACAGUUAGAAAUGCGAAUGUUGGCACAUCUCUCAGCUGAUCCUAAUCUCAUAUCUCUUUUCUUGACCAAAGAUGAUUUUUUCGAAAUUAUUACGAACAAAUGGAAUAAAAACGAAACAUUGCAUAUUAAAGUAGAUCGAAACAAAGUUAAACAGCUUUGUUAUGGUAUUAUUUAUGGCAUGGGUGCCAUAUCAUUAAGUAAAGAAUUAGGUAUAUCAAAACAACAUGCUCAACAAAUGAUCAUAUCUUUUUUUCAGUUGUUUCCAAAAGUACGAACAUGGAUGGAUAAAAUAUUAGCUAUGUGCCGAACUAAUGGAUUUGUGAGUACUUUAUUAGGUCGUCGACGAUUUUUACCUCAAAUAACUUCUGCUGUGCUGCAAACAGAGUUAGCUCAAGCUGAACGUCAAGCUAUCAAUACUUGUAUACAGGGUUCAGUAGCGGAAUUGUUUAAGAUGGCGUUAUUGAAUUUACGGAAGAAUUUAUUAGGUACUAAUUCAUCUAUCGUCAUGCAAUUGCACGAUGAAGUGUUAAUAGAAACGGAUGAAAGUUCGAUAGCUUCAAUUGUUGAAAUUAUCAAACAUUCUAUGACAUCGGUUACUCCAAAUUUACGGGUUCCAUUGGCAGUUAAAAUUUCAUUUGGUAAAAGUUGGGGAGAACUUCAGGAAUGUACUAAAAUUUGA